AUGCGUUCUGCGUUUUCAACUGCCCUAUUCCAGGAAAAAGCCGACCGCGACGAGGUGGAGCUGUGCCCGGGCCCUGAAACGCCGCGGCCGCCUGACCACCCGCCGCCCGAGCCCGUCGACCCCGAAAUAGACAACAUAGUAAUUAUAGACGACGAAGAAGACCCCCUAUCCUUACCCCCCACGCACCCUCCUCCCCUCACCCCCGCCCCUCCCCCUAUAAACCACCCCCUAAUGAACGACCCCCUACAGUCCAACUACCCUGAACAGUUACCCAUAGUGCCGGAGCAUAUGCCAGCUAUGAUGCCUAGUGUGCCCACUAUUGUUCCAAUUGAUAGACUGCUGGAUUCUUCAAACCCUAAUGAAAUAGCAGUUAUACCGAAUGAAGGCAUGAUCCUAACCAAAAACAACAACAACGGCUACAUUCUCCAGCCGCUUGUGAUCGGUCCAGACGGGCACUACCAUAUCGUGAGCGCGGACGCCGCUAUUGGGAACCAUGAACUCAUGGCGAACCAUGAACUCAUGACAAACCAUGAACUCAUGGCGAACCAUGAACUCAUGGGGAACCAUGAACUGAUGGCGAACCAUGAUUACAUGGGGAACUGCCCGCAAACGUUCACGAUGCCGCAAGACAAUAAUUGCAAGGUAAGAUUUAAAAACAUAACCCUCCUUCUGACGCAGUCGGGUAGAACCCAUCUACAACUCGGUCGAGUUAACUGCGAAUGCGAUUCUCCCUCCCCGUCCGUUAUUAUAAAGCUGAGGUUUCUUUAUCCACAACGAGGAAGCUCUUCGCCUGUAUUAAGUGACGAUCAGGCCGAAGCCCAUUUACCGAGGAAGGCUUUCUAG